GUUAUUUGAGGUCAUAUGUAGAUGAGAGCAUAGUCACGUAUGCCGCUCAGCUUGCUUUGGUCGCUGCUGGUUUUUGAAAACAGAAGUGAGCAAGGUUGUGCAAGAAGAUGUCUUUGAAUAAGCUUAGCAUAGACACGUUGGACGUGAAAGACAAAAGAAUUUUGAUUCGUGUCGAUUUUAAUGUCCCCUUGAAAGAUAAAGUUAUUACAAACAACCAACGAAUUGCUGCAGCAUUGCCUUCGAUAAAGUAUUGUCUUGAGAAUGGCGCGAAAUCUGUGGUUUUGAUGAGCCAUUUAGGAAGACCAGAUGGUAGAAAACAGGAGAAAUAUUCGUUAUCCCCUGUUGCAUGUGAACUGCAGAAGCUUCUUAUGACAAACGUGACGUUUUUGAAAGAUUGUGUUGGAAAAGAUGUUGAGGCCGCAUGUGCUGACCCCCCUCCUGGAUCUAUAUUUCUUUUAGAAAACUUGCGUUUUCAUGUUGAAGAAGAGGGCAAAGGUGUCGACGCCGAAGGAAACAAAGUUAAAGCAAAUGAUGACAAAAUUGAAGAAUUCCGCAAGAGUUUGUCAAAGCUUGGAGAUGUUUAUGUAAAUGAUGCCUUUGGAACUGCUCAUAGAGCACACAGCUCAAUGGUUGGCACAGAUCACAACAAAAAAGCAGCUGGAUUUCUUUUGAGAAAGGAGCUUUCAUACUUUGCUAAAGCACUAGAAAAUCCAGAAAAACCGUUUUUGGCUAUUUUAGGAGGUGCUAAAGUCAAAGACAAAAUACAGUUGAUAAAGAACAUGCUUGAUAAAGUGGAUGAGAUGAUAGUGGGCGGGGGAAUGGCAUUCACAUUUUUGAAAGUUCUGAAUAAUAUGAAGAUUGGAAGCUCACUAUAUGAUGAAGAUGGUGCUAAGAUCAUACAGGAGUUGAUGGAUAAAGCCAAAUCUCAAAAUGUCAAAAUCCAUCUCCCAGUUGAUUUUAUAACAGGAGACAAAUUUGCUGAUGAUGCCAAAGUUGGAGCUGCAACUGUGAGUGAAGGUAUACCUGAUGGCUGGAUUGGAAUGGAUGUUGGUCCAGAAAGUAACAAGAUUUUUGAAGAAGCAAUUCGUAGAGCCAAAGUCAUUGUGUGGAAUGGCCCUCCAGGGGUUUUCGAAAUGGAAAGCUUUGCUAAAGGCACAAAGGCACUUAUGGAUCAGGUCGUUGGUGCUACAAAGAGUGGAUGCACUACAAUCAUUGGAGGAGGCGACACUGCAACCUGCUGUGCAAAAUGGAACACUGAAGAUAAAGUGAGUCAUGUCAGCACAGGAGGAGGUGCGAGUCUCGAAUUACUUGAAGGGAAAACGCUUCCUGGUGUUGCAGCUCUUUCUCAAGCCGCGUCACUGUAAUUUAAAUUAGGUACAUUAUUAUCUGUCCAAUCUUAUGUUGGUAUGUCUAUUCAGAUUUGAAACUCAAUUGUUUCGAUUUAUGAUAAUAUUGUUCAUGAAAUGUGGUUCAAGAGAGUAAAUUAUUCAGUCAUUUUUGUUGCAGCAUUCAUAACAUCUUUAUAUGUCCUUUCUUUUGUGAAACUGUGUAAGAUUUAGAAACAGCCAUACUAGGUCAUAUUCUGAAAAGUAGUAUUAUAAGUUUCUAAUGCUGUAUAAUCCGAAAUAAGAAUUACUGCAUUACAAAAGACUAGUGAAUACAAAACGUAUGGUGCAUAUUUGUCAAUAUUUAGAUCCAUACUAUGCCAAAUAGGGAUGGUUGGGUGGAAGCAGUAUUUGUUUGUUUCAUAAAGCAUUUAUAUAAAUUCCAACUGGAUUAUUUUUUCUUUGGUUCUUCAUGACACUGCACUUUCGUGAUUUAUUUGCCACAAGUUCCGCCUUCGCUAUGGGUUUAUUAAGUAGGAAGAGCGUUAUUUUCUUUGUAUGCAUCCGAAUAAAGUUCAAUUUAGAGUUUUU